UUGGAGUCAUUCUGGGAAGUCUGAAAAGUUACUCUUUGUUGAAUUCCAGAACUGAGAGACCUCAUGCUCUGCUAUAGGCUUAAAGUUCAAACUGUACCUUGUGCUAUCUUUAGAGAUAAAGUAGCUUACAAUAUGCAGAAUUGAGAAGCUGACUGAAAGAAACAUUUAUGUUUUGAAGGACACAGGUGUCUUACAAAGUAGCAGUUGUGAGGAGCCAAGAACAGAAAACUUAUGGUCAGCGUUAAGCAUUAAAAUCACUAUUAACAUCUUCUUCAUAAAAAGUUUAAAUUUGAUGUCUUGUGGUUUAGAGUAUUUCUAUCGAGGUCAGAAAGGGUAAUAUUGAUCAAUGUGUGGUCAUAGAUUAACCUCUAAAAGGAACAGCUGGUUUGUUUGCUUGGUUGUGUUUGCCUCUUGCAACAUCUGCUCCUGACUCAUUGCUGAGCACAAAUAUAUUUGUCUGUGUAUAAAAGUAAGACCGUAAUCAAAAAGAGAACGAUGUCUGUUGGGACUUUAAGGUAGGAUUUUACAUUUCCAACCACAACGCAGUAGAUUAUGUAAACUUUUGAUCACGUAUAUGGGUGAUAUGUUUUGUCUUCGCAGUGUUUUAAAAAUGAACUUAUUCUUGCUCCUGACUUUGAAUGCACUGGCUGAGGGAAGUUACCAAAAACGAAGCGCCCACUCUUGCCCAGAUCUGUGCUCCUGUUCCUUUGCGCCUUCGGGUGCAGAGGUGGAGUGCAGCCGAAGCUCCCUCACAGUUCUCCCUGUAGGUUUACCUCGCAACACCACCCGACUGUCCAUCCAAUCCAGCAACCUCAGCGCUAUCACAGCCAGUCAUUUGAGCGCUGUACCCCUUUUAACCAACCUCCAGCUCUACCACACCUCCUUGGACAACCUUCCUUCCGAUCUCCUGAAGGACGUUCCUCACCUGAACACUCUGGAUCUCACAGGUAAUCGUCUGGUUCAUCUGCCUCCAAAUGUAUUCCACCGUACCUCUCUCCAAAGUCUAGUACUGAAGAAUAAUCUGAUUGAAAAAGUAGACUCUGAGUGGUUUCCUCACAACAGUAGUCUGACCUGGCUAGACUUGUCCGGAAACCGUUUGACAAGUAUCCCGGCAGAUCUUCUUCAGAGGUUACCGCACAUGAGGAACCUCGACCUGAGUGAUAAUAACCUGCAAGACCUGCUGAACCUAGAUUCUCUGAACCACCUGCACCACCUGGAGACGCUAAACCUCGCCGGUAACAAAUUAACACAACUGAAAGCCACAACCUUCACCCACAACCUCCAACUAUCCCAGCUGUUUCUGCAGCAAAACCAGAUCCAGGAACUGCCGGAAAACCUCCUCCAGGGACUCCAACACCUUGAACUCCUGCUGCUUAAUCAGAAUCAGCUGCAACACCUCCCCGCAGGUUUGUUAGAUGACAGAAAAUCCUCUUUCCGGGUCAUCCUAUCAUCGAACCCCUGGGUGUGUGAUGAGAAGUUGGAGUAUUUGUGGAAGUGGCUCACAGUCCAUCAUCACAAUGUCAUCUUUCUGGAGGAGGUGACAUGUUCGGCGCCUGAAAUUCUUAAAAAUCGACAAGUUGUGUCUUUAACUGAUAAUGAGCUCAGUCCGAAAAAAAAACUAGAUAUAAUCACAAAUGAGUAAUGAAAAUGUUUUUGCUUCUUGCUUCUUCAUUUUGUGAUACUGCCAAUUCCUGCUUAUUAAAAUACUGAAA